AUGGAAGAAGAUUCGGGCAAGCUGAUCAAUUCAGUUUGGUCACGGGAGUUGGAUCUUCCACCAAGUUGUGUUGAGUUCUGCCCAGCUCACCCGUCUUACUUUCUGGUCGGGACCUACAAUCUACAGAAAGACGAAGUUGAUGCGCACACGCCAGAGCAAGACGCCGGUGAUGAUGACAACAAAGACGACGCGAAGUCACAGGCUGCUAAGCCAAAGAAAGCUCAAAGUCGAAAUGGAAGCAUCCUCAUCCAGCUCGGGUUCUGCUUCACACCUAACCCUUCUCAAAGAGUUCCUAUUCAAACUGAGCCUCAGCCAUCUGCUUUGCUGGAUCUUCAUUUCAACCCGAUUGAGGGAUUUUGGGACAUUUGCGCAACGGUCUCAAGUACGGCUACCCUUGCCAUCUUCAAGCUCUCGCCCGGUCCUGAAGAUGACAAGCCUUUAAAGCAUCUAAACACGAUGGACAUUUCAUCGUUGUCAGGAGGGGAUAUUUCUGCUUCGGAUGGGUCGGAAAUAUUGUUUCUAUCUGUUUGCUGGCACCCAUCCCGAGCAGAUAUGCUGGCGGUUACCACUAAUACCGGCCAUGUCUACUUGGUGCAUCUGCCAGCUUGGGACAAGGGCUGGAAACUUCUGCCAGAGCCGGCGACCACUCACACAUUGGAGGCCUGGACGGUGAACCUAUCGCCUUAUAUCGGGUCCACUGACUCGCCAGAAGAAGUAUCUUUCAGAACAUUCUCGGGGGGUGAUGACUCCAAACUGCGUUUUGGAACAGUUAUCUGGAGUCCCUCAGACGAUCAUCUCACUGAGACUAUUUCUGCUGUCGAGGCCAGGGGUCAUGAUGCUGGAGUAACAGCAAUCUUGCCUCUCUUUGUCCUAGAAGAUGGAUCGGAGCUGCUUGUCACAGGGAGUUAUGAUGAGAAUAUCAGACUCUUUUCACUGGCUCCAUAUGGGAGGCCCAAAAACCUCGUCGAGAUGGGACUUGGGGGAGGUGUGUGGAGGCUGAAAUUAAUCAAUCUUGACAAGACACCGAGCCCGACCUACAACUGGAGGGCACGGAUAUUGGCAUCAUGCAUGCAUGCCGGCUCGAGGGUGGUGGAUGUUCUGCAAACCGUGGAUGGAGAGCACCAUGUUCGAGUUCUUGGCCGGUUUGAGGAACACAAGAGCAUGAACUAUGGAAGCGACUUUCAUCCCCAGAGAAAAGACAGCUUGACAGUUGUGUCGACUAGUUUCUAUGAUAGGCUCCUCUGUUUGUGGCAACUAGAUAUAGCAUGA